UAUGGGAGGAUCUUUAUGUAAAACUGACAGCAGAAUACCUAAUAACGAAAUUGAAACUCCUUCUAAUAAACCAAUAUACCAAAAUCUAGAAAAUUCGAAUCCUAAAAGUGAAUAAAAUACAUCAAAUAGGGAAUUCAGAGCUCAUCUUUUGAAACCAACUAUCCAAAUUCCAAAGCAAUAAGUUCAAAUUCCUACUAUACAUAAUGGAUUAGUGAAAGAUAGGCUUGCUUAAUUGGGUGAAUAUAAAAUUCCUUCUUCGAUUACAAAUGAAGGUUUAGAUGUUACGCCUCCUUUCUAAUUUGAUGAAGAUGCUAUUUAUCUUGGAGGCUUAAAAAAUGACUUAUUUCAAGGAUAUGGAGAAAUCUAUUGGGAUGAUGGAACUCAUUACUGCGGCCAAUAUAAUAAAGGAACCAGAUGUGGACAUGGCAGAUUGAUAUAUCCUGAUGGUGAUGCAUAUGUAUAAUAACUAAACUUAAUAAGGAAGGUGACUGGCUGGAUGAUAAAUAACAUGGAUAAGGAACAUAUUAUUAUUCAGAUGGAGGUAAAUACAUUGGUAGAUUCCUAAAUGAUUUGAAAGUAAAUUUUAUUAAAAUUAUUUCUUUUUAGCAUGGUGAAGGUCAAGAGACUUUGGCUAAUGGAGAGACAUAUGAAGGAGAUUUCUAAAAUGGAACUAGACAUGGAAAAGGAAAAUUGACAAUGGCUGAUGUUUAAUUUGAAGGAUUAUUUGAGAAAGGAUAAAUGAUUGAUGGUGAAUACAAUUGGAAUGACGGAAGAAAAUAUAAGGGUUAAAUAUAAGGGAUGAAAAUGCAAGGCCAUGGAGAAUUUUGGUUUCCUGAUGGAAGAUAAUACAAAGGUAUAUUGUAUUCAAAUAAUGUUAGGUUUUUGGGUUGAAGAUUAAAAGGAAGGAUAAGGAGAAUUCCAUUUUUCUGAUGGAUCAGUUUAUAUAGGAGGAUGGAAAAACAAUAAAUAGAAUGGAUUAGGUAAACUCAGAGAUAAAAAUGGAGUAGUAAUAAAUGGCUUUUGGGUUGAUGGUAAUAAGAUAACAUGA